GCGCUAUACGCGUAGUGCGCGCCGCCGGAAGCGCUACUGGUGGCGACCUUGCUCAUAACGCGCGGGAGAGAAAGCCGCCGUCCACCGUAGUUUUCUGCGUCGUUGUUCGUGUGUCUCCGCUUAGUUCACGUUUACGUAGUGAAAUAAGCAACGUCCGUCGCAUGUGUGGGGUUGGCGAAACUUCAGGGCAUGUCGAAUAACAAUUGCUGUGUGGUGGGGUGCUCAAACACCUACAAAAACUCGCCGGGGACGCGGUUUUACCCAUUCCCCGCGAGGCCUCAUGAGCACGAGCGACGGAAACAAUGGAUCGCCGCCGUUCGCCGGGAAAGUGCAGAUGGCAGUCCGUGGCAGCCUACCAGACACACCAGGAUCUGCAGCUGUCAUUUUGUAAAUGGCGAGAAGUCGAACGAUCCGAGAAGCCCUGCCUAUCUACCAACCUUGUUUCCAAGUGUGUACAGGUCUACCAACGUUGCUACUGCACACAGGUAUGAAAGGCUCCGGUCACGUGAGCAGCACGGACAAGCCACAUGGAGCUGUGUGUUGCCAGUUCCUGAUGACCAAGAAUGGGGUGGUGCCACUGCAGUGCACACAAGUGUAGGAACGCAGACAGACCCUUGCACAUGGUCCUCGGAGGUGGACAUGCCGAGCCUCUUCUUUUGUUGUUUAAAAGAAUGCGAAGCUGAGACACAGGUUGUUCUUCCCUGCAAGAAGGAAAGCAAGGAUGCAUCAUGGGGAACAUCCUACGACGUCAAGGACGCUGCAUGUGAUCCUAUGAACGUUGACCACACGACCUCAAGCCCUGGCUUCUGUGGUUAUGCGAGUGUUUCAUCCUGCCCCAGUGAAAAAGCUUCAGAUAUUUUAAAGUGUAUUGCUGGGGUUUCACUGAGUGUUUUUACAAAGCUGCUAUGUCUUGUAGUUCAGGCGCUCAAUGUACAGGGGAAUGAGGACACCACUAGUGCUUCAAACAAAUUGCUUCUUUUUUUGAUGAAGCUAAAACUAAACUUGUCCUACUCGUCCUUGGCAGUGUUUUUUGGGUUGCACAGAACCACAUGUUCAAGGCAUUUUCUGCUCAUCCUUUCCACUCUCCAUGCAAAAAUGCGGCCAGUAAUUUACUGGCCAUCACGGUCAACCACACAGCUGAUGAUGCCCAACUGCUUCAAGCCCGACUAUGUGAACUGCAGGGUUAUCAUUGACUGCACAGAAGUACCCUGCGCGGCGCCAAGCACUGUCCAUGAGAAAGUGCUUAUGUAUUCUAGCUACAAAGGAACAUACACUGUGAAAUUCCUUGUAGGCAUAACUCCAAGUGGCAUUAUAAGCUAUAUAUCAAGACCUUAUGGGGGCCGUGCCACCGACUCUUUUAUCACAUCUGACUGUGGCAUAUUGCACAUGCUUGAGCCAGGGGACCUUGUGCUCGCUGACAAGGGCUUUCCUCAAAUCAGGAGUGCUCUUGUGGAGCGAGGAGUUCAAUUUCAAAUGCCAAUCUUUGCACGACCAAAUGAGCCUUUUACACGUGAGGAGGUUUUCAGCACCUACAAGAUUGCAAGUGCAAGGAUGCAUGUUGAGCGCUGCAUACAGCGUAUGAAGCUUUUCAGAAUAUUGUCAGAAAGACUGUCUGCUGAUCUUCUUCCUCACAUUGGAAAAAUCGUCGACAUGUGUGCAGUGCUGGCAAAUUUGCAGGCUCCAAUUAUUAAGGACAAAGAUUAGUGGGCAUGCAAGGAAAUCAUAGCAUGGCAUCUAUAAUAGUUCCUUGUACAUAUCCAUUCCGCCAGACAAAGAAAGGUACUUUCGGCCCAUAAUUGUAAAUGCUCUCUUAAUCAGUGCUACAUCUUGACUCCACAGAGAGAAAAAAACACUCCACCGCGCCUCGAAGUUCCCUAAAUUUCAGUUUCAAAGAGGAUUUUCUUUGCUAGGGGGGCAUUUCAAUUCAAGGAUGAUUUGUGAAUACUGGCCUUAAUCUUAUGUCAUACUUUUUUAUGCGGGCCUUAGUCUUAUGUGCACAUUUGGAAAACUAAGCGCUAGUACUACCGUGGAUUGCUGUAUGUUUACCACUGGUGCAUGAAGCUGCAAGCUAUAACAUACUUCUUUAUCCUAAUUAUUCAGUGUUUGUGAGCACGUUUAUCGUGCAAAAUAUGUGGUCACCAGGUUGAAGUGAUUCAUUAUGUUGAGUAUGUGCAUGAAACUAGUUUGUAGCAUUUGUGUUCGAGCGUGCUUGGCGAUUCACCUUGUGCAUUUUUGUAAGUUGUAUCACUUCUUGCCCGCUCUGAGUUGGCAUUGUUUUUGCAAUAUUUUAGUAACAGAUUUAACGAACUCUGUAAAUGUUUGUGAAGACCAUUUGUAAUGUAUGCAGAUGUGCAACAACUCUGAACUUCAUUUGUUUCAUCUUCUCACUACGCUGCCUUGUUCAUGGUUGUGCAUGUGGUAGUGCACAUAAAUGUGCAUGCAUUUAUACAACUUAGCAAGUUAUGUCAAUGGAACACAAUUUAUUAUAAUUUUCACAUCAAUGUAAAAGUCGACCAACCAGUAAUGUGACAAAGUUUGAAGUGCAGUAAGUGAAAAAAAUAAAUUUGUUUUGAUCUGAA